AUGGCAUCGUCUGUACUGUCCGAAACACAGUUUCUAGCACGGUCCAGUUCUGAGAACAGGCUGUCUCUGUGCAUCGACGUGCCACCCUCAUCAUCCCCGUUCCCAUCACCAUCAUCCUCUUUUCUCCCACCUCCUAUCCCAGGCGUGCACGAAUUCGCCGUCAAGAUCCCCCCUGGCCGCGCCAGCAGGACCACGAGCACGCAGAAUAAAGAAAAGGACAAGGCCAUGGAGGCCACCGCCAAAGUCAAUGGGAAUGGUGCCACUCGCCCGCAGCACACAAAGGCGUCGUCCUCGACUUCUUCGUCCUCUGGCUCAGCAGGCUCGCCCAUCUUAUCCCCGUCGACCCCCACGCCCGGGGCAUCGCAGCUGCCGUCGAUACCGGUGCCCCCCUCGCCCGUGACGACGCCCACGAAAUCGACGAUGGGCAGCAGCAGUGUAAACCACGGUAUCGCAGCGCACUCUCAUAGGGACUCGUUGACGUCUAGCAGACCCGCACCGCCCUCGCCCAGCAUCUCGCGGCGUGCAUCCGCAGCGCCCUCGACAGCAUCAACGCACUCGUCGAAAUCGCGCGCAUCGCGACCAUCAUCCACGGCGGCCAUCUCGCGCGCGAACUCGUCGCGCAAAUCGCAGCGCCUCUCGCAGCUCACCUCUAUCCUCUCCCCCUCCCCCUCAUCUUCCCCCUCCCCCAAACAGCAGCAGCAGCAGCAAUCGCAGCAGCAGCAAUCGCAGCAGCAGCAAUCGCAGCAGCAGCAAUCGCAGCAGCGCGGGUCCGCGCACGUCUUGAUUAAGAUCCGGGACUUCGGAUUCGCCGCGACGGACGAGCGGCACUACGGGCUGGGCGCGGACGUGCCGAAGGCGAAUCGUCCGAAGACGCUGAACAGGAAGCUUGGGGGGUGGCGCCGGGUGUCGUCUGGGGGCGUGUCGACGUCGUCUGGCAGCGACCAGGAGCACGUCGAGGAGGAGGGGGAGGAGGACGGGUGGGGCGGGUUCAAGUUCGGGGUGGGAAGGUUCAGCUGGGGGCCGGGGAUGACGAUGGCGGGGAGCUCUUCAAGAGACGCGGAGGACGAGCGGCCGGCGGGGACGGAGGACGGGUAUCCAAGCCUCAACGACCUGAAACGCAACUUCGACGACGAUGACGACGAGCGGUAUGAGGAUGACGACGAGGGCUUCUACGAUGCCGAAGAGGGGUACGACGACGACGGUGGGUUGAUCCACUCAGAGGAUACGCCUCUAUACCCGGGACUGUACCGCGCGAUGUACGCGUUCGAACCGGAGGGGACUGCGGAGAUGGCUUUGGAGGAGGAUCAGAUCGUCAAGGUCGUGGGGAGAGGCGGGGGUGUCGGGUGGGCCGUCGUAGAUAAGGCCUACGUGCACGGCGUGUCUGGUUCUACCGUGGAGAAGCGUUCAAGUGCGGGCGAAGGUAACGGGCACGCCCUCGUCCCCGAAAGCUACCUCGAGGUCUAUCAGCUGGACGAAGCCACUGACAAUUGA